CGUGAUUUCACUUCAGUUAAGCACAAGAAACGCUUUGAUCGAUAACAGAAAAAAAUAACGGAAAAAAAAAAAAUAUUUUCAAAUCGAGUGAAGUGAAAAACGAGAGGAAAAUCGCAAGCAUACAGAGUGAAAAAUUGAAGUGAAUUUAUAAUAAUUGGUUGAUUUGUGGAACAAAGAAAAAAAAUAUAUUAAAAAUGAAUACAGAAGAGUUUCGUGUUUAUGGCAAACAAAUGGUUGAUUAUAUAUCGGAAUAUCGAGAUAGAGUUGAUGAACGAAAGGUCGCACCGACAUUAUUGGAUCCGGGAUAUUUAAAACAACUCAUUCCAUCCGAAGCACCAAUGAAAGGUGAAAGUUUCGAUGAAAUUCUGAAAGACGUGGAGGGAAAAAUUAUGCCCGGUAUGGUACAUUGGAAUCAUCCGAAAUUUUUUGCAUAUUUCCCGUCGGGCAAUUCAUAUCCGUCUGUAUUGGGCGAUAUGCUUAGCAGUGCAAUUGGUUCGAUUGGAUUUUCAUGGGCUUCGAGUCCGGCUGCAACAGAACUAGAAACCAUUAUUCUUGAUUGGUAUGCAAAGGCAUUGGACUUGCCAACUUUCUUUUUGAGUGACUGUCCCGCGGGGAAAGGAGGUGGAGCUUUACAAGGAUCCGCAUCGGAAUGCGUACUUGUGUGUCUGAUGACUGCUCGUGAUCGAGCCAUAAAGGAGCUUAAAGGAGACAAUCAAGACAUUCACGAAAGCGUGUUCCUGCCGAAACUGAUGGCUUAUUGCUCAAAGGAAGCUCACUCGUGCGUAGAGAAAGCAGCAAAAAUGGCAUUGAUCAAAUUGCGAAUAUUGGACACAGAUGACCGAGGACGUUUCCGCGGCGAAACUUUGCGUACUGCUAUUGAAAAAGACAUUGAAGAAGGAUAUACCCCGUUCUUUGUGGUUGCAACUGUGGGAACAACAGGAUCUUGUGUUUUCGAUAAUUUGGUCGAAAUUGGUCAAGUGUGCAAGAGCGUACCGUCGAUUUGGUUCCAUGUUGACGGAGCUUAUGCCGGCAAUUCAUUUAUUCUUCCGGAAAUGAGACACUUCAAAAAUGGGCUCGAGUAUGCUGAUUCGUUCAAUACAAAUCCGAAUAAACUUUUACUAACCAAUUUCGAUGCAUCUGCAAUGUGGGUUAGAGACGUGAUGGCUUUAAAAAAAGCGUUAACGGUCAAUGCACUGUACUUAGAACACAGCAACAAUUGUGCAAUAGACUAUCGUCACUAUGGAAUACCGCUGAGCAGAAGAUUCCGAGCACUCAAAUUGUGGUUUGUUUUUAGAACAUACGGCAUAUCCGGGUUACAAAAAUACAUUCGUAACCAUAUCGCCUUGGCUAAAACCUUUGAGGAUCUAGUCUAUAGUGAUGAUCGAUUUGAAGUGAGAAAUGACGUGCACUUGGGACUAGUUUGUUUCCGACUCAAAAAUUCUGACGAAGUAAAUCAAGAAUUUCUGGCCCGCAUCAAUCACUCUGGAAACCUACAUAUGAUACCAGCUAAAGUAUUGGACAAAUAUUGCAUUCGUUUCUGCGUCACAUACGAACAUGCCACAGCUGAACAUAUAGAAGCAGCAUGGGAAGAAAUCAAAGUAUUCGCUGAUGAUGUACUGGAAUCUCAAUCACCUAACACCGAGCCUCUGCAACCAAUUCAACCCAUCAAGAAACCCAAGAAGAAACUUACGCGCACUGCAUCCUCACGAUUUUCGUUUACGCGCAGUGUUUCUCGCGAAAUUUAUGAACGACAACACAGUCAUAAAGGUCUUACAGACGGUUGUACACCGAUAAUUGUUUUGGAUUCAAAUGAAAUCUUAGAAAGUUUACACAAAGCGUCAAAGAAAAAUUUACAACGAUAUCAACAGGUUGAUGCAGCAGAAAGUACCGACGAGGCGAGCAAUUGAAAUAAUAAUAUUUGAUGUUGAGUGGGGAAGUAUUGAAAUUCAUCUGUGAAUGAAUUGAACAAAGUAUUAUAAAUUUUUAUAAAUUUAAUGAAAAAUGAGAGAACAUUCUCCGGCGGACGUAGAAUUGGGAAUGUAUAAAAUUUAAUAUUUUCGAUUUAUAAACAUGACAGUUUAAGAGAAAAUUUUUAAUUAUUUUAAGGUUCCUAUUUAAAGUAAAUAUUUUGUAGCUGUUACUCUAUUUAUUUAAUUAUUUAUGUGUUUCUACCGUGUAAGCCUGUCGAACGUAUGUACGUUCAAUGUAUUCUACCACUAACAAAAAUAAUUUAUCAUUCAAUGAAUUACACGCUAAAUACUAUC